UGUGUUUGAGAAACUCAUUCUUCAGUCAGAGCUGAACAGACUGUGCAGAACUUUGAAGAGCGAAUAUGGCUUCUAACAAAGCCAGGAUACAACCGAAGCACAUUGCAGCCAUUAUUGCAGUUGUCUCAGUCUUACUGUUCAUGGCAUCCAUUGCUCUGCUCACCAUUGGAUUCCUGAAUGCUUAUAGUUCCAUAGGAAUGGGAAUACUUGGAGCAGGUGCUGUUCUGUUCUUUACCACUGAAGUUUUUCUGUGCAUGGGUUACAUCUGGCUGAGAAAUAAAAUAAAUGAGAACAAUAGCAAACUGGCUAGCAGAUCCAUUGAUGACAUAGCACUCUUAAAACCAGCCUCUAAUAUGACCUCAACAGAAAAAAAGAGAGACACCACAAAUGGAGAUGACCACCAUGUUUCUUUACAUUAUGAGACUACUGGACAUAUUUCUCCCUCAGCUGCUCCCGAGAAAAUACUAUCCGAUUAUGUCAUGGAUAGCAAGGCUGGAUGGUCACAAGCUAAAGUCUUCACAGCUCAUCCGAGCAACACAAAGAAUCCCUCAAACCAAAAACUGGAAACAUUCUUCAGCCCACACCAUACGGGCGGAAAGGUCGCGUCUUACGGCAAAUUAGUUGACGGUGGUGGAAAUACCAGAAAGCUAUUGUUAAGCGAUGAUAAAAUUACUCCGCUAGUUAACAAGCCAAAUGUGGUCAACAUCGAAAAAAUAGAGAAACCAUUUACAGAGUCAGUAGCUAUUCAUGGAGGUCUUCGUAAUAAUGACAUUCGUACUCCAAGAAACCCGGUGACAAAGCCUCAGUCUGUUGAUACAGCUGCAUCGGGCAUCUCCAAAGAGAAAAAGCUCAAUGAAAAAAUUAAUCUGCAAAAGGUUCCUCUUACCACUGGGACAGGAAGGGAGAACAUUCCAGGAGCACCGGUAGCCAAGCAACAGCAUCACCAGAUGACACUCAGGCCGGUGCCAGCACAUGUUGGAGCAUUGUCCAGUACUGAGAAAAUGACAACUAGCCCGUCGUCAGGUUUACUCUACCAAGAAUAUUCAUACAAUGAAGGUAAAACUGUAAUAAGAGCACAACGUCCAGAACAAUUGAUUGACUCUUCAACAAAAAAUAAUGAAAUCCCAAAAAAGAGCAAAUCAACUAUACCAGAAUGUAGCAUUUAAUAUAAACACUAGUGGUAAAAAACUAUUUCUGGUGAUCAAGACAGAACCCAAAUACACCAGCGUAAUGUCUUCUCAAAGGGAUCAUUCUACCAGCAGGUUAACCUUGGGCCAUUGGAGAAGAAGAUAUAUUACAAACACAUUGUGGUCAAGAAGUAAAACAAGCAUGUCAGCAAGUUUCAUUACCAAAGCCAUAUAGGCGAAGAUGAAGUUUGGGGUGUUACAUAUAAGUCCUUAAAAAAGGUGAAUUUGUUCAUAUAUCACUUAUUAAAAUGGAUGGUAUCGAGAGAGAGAGAGAGUGUGUGUGUGUGUGUGUGUUCAAGUUAAUACAUUCAGACUAACUCUAUCACACUAACAUGUUAUAUAUGUAAAAAGACUUGCCUUCUGUGGGCAGAAAAUGUUGUCAUAUCCUUAUUGCUUCUCCUAAAGACCAAUAAUACUAAUGGGUCUACCUUUUAGAUUUUUUUUAUUUUUUUUAAAUGUAUAUUUUAUUUUUUAUUUUAAUUUGCAAAUUUCUUUUUUGAAGGACAGUGCGGUAUUACACUGCAAAAUAAAUGCAUGCAAUUGACAAAAUAGCAUCUGGUUAACAAAGAAACUGUCCAUUUCUUUAUCAUCAAUAAACACAGAGCAGAUUGCAAGUCUGUAUGAUUGCCUAGGUUGGCCUCAAAUUUAAAUUUACUUUGAAUUCACACUUUUGUGAAUAAUUCUGACAGAUAAAUUAUGGAAUCCUGAGGUACCUACUUUCAAAAAGUGUUUAGGGAACUUGGGCCUUAAUAGUAGUCUUGUUGAAAACAACCCUUUUAUAUAUAAAGUUUACUAUUUCUUUGUGAAAUGUAGAUAGGAUCAUUCUGUUGAGGGCAUUUUGUAUUAAAUAAACCAGGUUAAUCAUUAACAUUCCUUGUAUAUCAAGUUCACUGUGACAGGUUUGAAUAUGGACUGUUGCUAAAAAAAAAUUAUGUACUUAAGGGCCUUUUUAGGAAGAUAUAUGUAAAAGAUUAUCACAUCUAUCACACUUUAAGUAAUAACUUCAGGUACUUAACUUUCACAUAGUUUUAAUGGAAGUUGAAUAAAAGGAAUUAUUUUUUUUCUUUAACCCCUUAAGGACCAAAUUUAAUAAAAGGGAAUCAUGACAUGUCACACGUUAUGUGUCCUUAAGGGGAAUUGUUUAUAUUAACCAACACCCCUAAGAGCUGUAUUUCUUGUCACUCAACCACCUCGUAAAUAUGGUAAUUUACCGAAAACAUUUAUAAGGGACUUAUGCAAGAUUAUUAAUUGAGAAUUAAAACUAAAUGUCAAAUUGAAAGCAAAAGUGUCUGAGCUGGAAGCAUAGCUAACAGAGAAUUCACUUUGAAGUAACUUCAAAUUAUCGCUUUAGGGAAUGUCCCUGAUAUCCUCCUUAACUCACCAAAAUCAGUCAGAAUUAUUCACUAAAGUAAGAGUUUUAAGGAAUUCAAAGUGAAUUUGAAAAUUUAGGCCAAAAUAGAAGUAUUCUCCCAGUCAAUUCUGUUUUCAGUCUGGUUAUUUUGGGCUUACAUUUGUAAUAUACGUACUUGAAUUGCUGUCAAUUGUCUGUUUAACGAACAUUCCUGAGUCUGAAAAAUAUAGGUUCCCUGGGAUAUCAACACUUGUUAAAUCGACUGAGUCUUUCAGACUUUGAUUUUAAAUUGUUCAUAAUAAGUAUCUUUUUAGUUUAUUAACCCUUUUAGUGGUAAUUGUUUGGGUUAUUCUAGUAUAAAAUGGUUUCAUUGUAGCACAUGUAGCUGUUUAUUUUAAUAAAGAAAAAUGUGGUCCUAUUUUACUAUUUACAGACAAAAUACCAUUAUAGCAAAAAAAAAAAAGGAAAAAAAAACUCCCUUACAGGAACACUACACACACACCACAACCACUAUAUCAUUACCGUUGCCUCUCCUGACCUACGCACCAUCGGGGUUACCUUAGACAGAGAGCGUCUGUGUCUCUGUCAGCUGUAGUUGAGGCUGGGUGCGGCACCUUCUGGACCCCAGGUAAUUUUUCUAACUGUUUGCUGUAGUAGUUUUGGCGUUUGUUAAAUUUUUAUAAUAUUUAGUUAGUGCAAUGUUUAGUUCAAAUCAUUUGCAAAUUAAACAGGUAAACAGGACUAUGUCAUGUUAUGUCUUUUUGAAAUCGUUACACAAACACUGGGCCUGAGGGCUACAUAUGUACUUCGAAACUCCUUUAAUUACAGAUUAGAGAAAUGUAGUUAAACAGGAACUACUCAUUUUAAAUUUAUAAACUAUAUGCAAUUAUCUUUAAUGCAAUGUAAGCCUAACUGCCUGUCUGCUGUCUCUAUUAUCCUGUCUAAUAAUUUUCAUUUGGAUUUGAAUUAUUGGUAUUUAUUAAGCAAAGGAUUCAUCACUGAAAGAGAUCUUUUUACUAGAGAAACUUUGCUAAACAUUUAAUAGGGUGCCCAAGGCUUGCUAGGACUCUGUGUUACAAAACAAAGGUUUUCAUUUGUAAAUUGUGACAUAAUUAUUCACCAAAGUGAACAUUCAAAGUGAAAUUCAGCUUUUAUGUGUGAUUAGUGAAUAAUCCUAUAAAACUGCAUAAUGAAGAAAGAACUAUAUCCUCUUUAAUCUGAUGUGUUUUGAGCAACGAGAUUAACAGAUGUGUUGUUUUUUGGGGGGGGGGAUGGAGGGUGGGGGUCAUAUUCAAAUUGUAUUCCGCAGUUAACUGUAAAUGUGCGGUGGAAAUAUAAUCUUGGAGAACAAGUAUAGUUCAGUUACUUUUCUAUGGUUUUCUUUUUAUAACUUUCUAUAUAUACCCAUUCCAUUUUCUCUCGUAUCAGAAUAUUCAAGCACUCCGAAGCAUAUUUUAGGUAUAUACACAUUUAAGACACAUUACAUGCACAUUGUAUACAAACUAGAUUACACAACACAUUUCUGUUUGUUAGAACUAGUCCAGCUCUGUGAGUAAUGUUCAAUAAUAUAUAUUUAUUUGUUUUGCCAUGUCUGGCUUUGUACAUACUUUUUUUUUUUUUUACUUUUU